AUUUCACGGUUCGGUACGGUACCCGCACACCGGUACCGGGCGGCUCAUUCUCGCGCCGUUUGCCGUCAACCGGCUCACGAGACCCGCAAUUCCAGCGCGAUUUGAGGCCAUUGAAACCAGGCUGCUCUUUGUUGUCGGAUUCUAACGUUCGUUGUCAGGCCGGCCUCGUCCAAACGUCUCUGGGGCGUUAAACCGUCGGUUCGGGAGCAACGCCGGUUCCGAGAAACCCAACACGAAGAUGUUUAAAUGAUGAAAGUCAUCGUCAGCUACAUGCUAGUUAGCUAGCUGUGUCAUGUGUGGUGUUUACAUUGUUUGUUUCCUGUGGCAUCGGUGGACUUUAAAUGCCCAGACAAGGACAAGGUCCAUCCCGGUAGCCCAGGGAUUAGGACACACGGAACCGAGAUAAGGACAAUUCACGCCGUGCCAGUCUAAAGUCCCGUUCUAUGGACUUUAAGACUGAAGGGUUCUUGGUUCCCAAGGAGGCGGCUGCGUGUUCUGUUCUGCGGUUCUUCCUUGAAAGACUUUCCAGAGCAUCCGUGGACCUUCUCCCGCCAUGACUCGCACACUUUGGAGGAUGCUGGGCCUGCUUGUGGUCGUGGUCGCGGCGGGGGCGGAGCCAGACACGUGUUUCUCCAGACAGCACCAGGGCGCCAUGGUGGAUGUCCGACGGGCCUUAAACAGAACGGGCGCCGCCAUGGAGGCCCGCGCGGUCCGCUCGGAGCAGGACUGCGUCCUGGCCUGCUGCUCUCUGCAGGUGAAGCCAGGCGCCAGGUGCAACAUGGCGGUCUUCAAUGCCAACAAGAGCGGCGGCGAGGACAACUGCUUCCUGUUGCACUGCCCCCGCGAGCAGGACUGUCUGCUGCGGGCGCAGCCGGGCGUGCGCACCUACGACAUCUACAAAGGCGUCCUUCAUACGGCCACGGUUAGGCCCGGCGCCGUGACGACAACCGCCGCACCGCCGCCUCCUGCCCCCGCCGCGCUCACCACGACUCCGGGCGUCACGGCCACGCCCACAAAGAGGUGGAGCAAGACCAGCAAGAAGCAAAGUAAAACCAGCAGGAAGGGGAAAGGUCAUGUGACCGCCCACAACACGACCACGGCCGCCGUGACGGCGAGCGAGGAUGCGCUCGUGACGACCUCGACUCCUCCCACCACCACAUCGACUCCUCCCACCACGACAUUGACUCCUCCCACCACUUCUACUACUCCUCCUCCAACCACUACCACUACUACUACUACUACUACUACUACUACUACUACUACUACCACCACCUUGGCUCCUCCCACUUCAAUAUCCAUCACCUCCAUGGCUCCUCCCACCACUACCACUUUUACCAUGGCUCCUCCCACCACUACCACUUUUACCAUGGCUCCUCCCACCGCUUCCACUUUUGCCAUGGCUCCUCCCACCACCAUGUCCACUGCAGCUGAGGCUCCUCCCAUCACGACGGCCUUGACGACAGCGGCCCCUCCCAUCACCCCUCCUCCGCACACGACUGUGGCGCCGCCCACAUCAACCAGCAGAGCAUCUGCGAGUCAGGAUGCGGUCAUCGACCCUCACGUGCUGACCGACCCCGCCCUCCAGAACAGGGCCAUCGGUCAGAGCAAAGCGGCGGCCGGGGGGGCUCUGAGAAGCGGCGCGGUGGCGUUCGUGGUCCUCGGCAUCGCCGCGCUGAUGGCGACCCUGGCGGUUGGCGGCCGCAAGGCGAUGGAGUCGUUCGACAGACGGCAUUACACCAGACUGGAGCUCAAUGACCUGCACUAUGACGUGUGACCCCCCCACCCCACACCAUUAGGGGCGUGGCCAGGGAAGAUCAGAAUGAGGGGUGUGGCUCCAUCAGUUCCAGAGGGACUGUCCGGACAAAAGGGAGUGAACAGCAAUACUUUGGUCCUCAGGAAGCUUCUUAAUCAAUCGACUUGCAUGUCUUCUUUUUACACUUUACACCACGCAGUUCUUUACUAGCUGCUGCAUUUUCCAACGACUUGUUUUCCCUCGCCCAAACACUGGCGUGCACGACUCAUAUGGCGUGCACUAUUUUGCUACCUGUUUGUAUCGAGCUGCUGUAGCGCCGUCCCGCCGCCAGGCGGCAGCAGCUGACCGCAUCACUUCUGUUAUUUUUGUUAUUCCUGUUUUUUCUUCUUGUUUUUCACUGCCGUUUGGUUGUUUUUAGUUCUCGUAGCCCAAGUGAUGCUUUGGGUACGUUUGGAAAUGGGUGUUAUCUUCUUGUAAACAUUAAAAAAUGUGAUUUUUGGAA